CGGAAAGAGUGAUCGUAACAUCAAAACGAGGAAGACAGCGCCCCUCUAUUUAUCUCCCACUCCCUAACCCACCCCACCCUACCCCACCCCAUCGCUGACCUGCCAGGAGGAGGAAACAGAAACGCCCUGUGUUUGCUGUCGAUUGAUUGAUCUGAGUUGCCAUCAGCUGUGGACGUUGGAUCAUGGAAUCUGCUGUUGAAAGUGGAUUGAACGUCACCCUCAGUCUGCGCCUCCUCAUGCACGGCAAGGAGGUGGGAAGCAUCAUCGGAAAGAAAGGAGAAACCGUCAAAAAGAUGCGAGAGGAGAGCGGAGCCCGCAUCAAUAUCUCCGAAGGGAACUGUCCGGAACGGAUCGUGACGCUGUCCGGACCCACGAGCGCCAUUUUCAAGGCGUUCUCGAUGAUAACGCACAAGCUGGAAGAGGACAUCAACAGCGCCAUGGUCAACAGCACUGCCUCGAGCCAGCCACCGGUCACUCUGCGAAUUGUCAUUCCCGCCAGCCAGUGUGGCUCUCUCAUCGGGAAGGGAGGCUGCAAGAUCAAGGAGAUUCGAGAGGUAACUCUAACCUGUCGCUGUUUCCUGCACGUCACUGUCCGAAUCGGAAGGCGGGGUUUCUCGCUCAUCCUUCCCCAGAUACUCCCACCCUUUCUCAUCUCAUCUGCCCUUCUUCAAUGUCUACAACUGGUUGCAGCAGCCACUCAGCACAGGAAAGGUUAUUUAUUUCAGUUUGCGCUUUUACUGCAGAGAACAGGGAGAUCGCUCAAGCUAUAAUUGAGCUGUUCAUAG